UGACUAUUCUUUCCUGUUCUUUCGACUUUCUUAUCACUGUUCAUCUGCACACCUACAUAUUUCGUAAGUCGCUGCCAUUCCUUCCCCCCGAGCAGCCUCUCACAAGUGACAGCAUCAACAGUAGAACAAAUACAAAUAAAAUGUCCGCCAUUCCUCAGACCAUGAAAGCUUGGGUGCAGAACGAGUCCAGCGCCUUGUCCAUUCAAGAGGUCUCUGUACCAGAUUUGAAGGCCAACCAAGUGCUUGUGAAAGUGCAGUACGCCGCCCAGAACCCCACCGAUUGGAAGCACGCUGCUGCUCUCUCUGUGCCCGGUGUCAUCAAUGGCUGUGACUAUGCUGGUACCGUCGUCAAGGUCGGCUCUGGUCUCACUGCCUCCCGCAAGGUCGGUGACCGAGUCGCGGGUACCGUUCACGGUGGCUACUUCAAGGACGAGGGUUCCUAUGCCCAGUACGCUGCUGUGGAGAGUGACUUGACCUGGGUCGUGCCCGAGUCUAUCAAGCUUGAGGAUGCUGCUACCUUUGGUGUUGGAUGGGUGACUGCUCUCCAGACCAUUAUCCAGCACCAGAAGCAUGCGUUCCCUGACGUCGAGCAGGUCUCUGGAAACCCUUGGUACAUUGUCUAUGGCGGUUCCACUUCUGUUGGUCUCUUUGCCGUCCAGCUCGCCAAGGCCCUCGGCUACAAGGUCCUUGCCUUUGCAUCUCCCCACUCUUACGACCUUGUCAAGUCUUACGGCGCCGACGCUACUGUCGACUACCACAACCAAGAGGAGGGUAUUGCCGAGGCUUUGAAGAUCACCGACGGUGGUGCUGAGUAUGGACUCGAUACCAUCUCUGAAGGUGACAGCUUCAAGAUCAUUGUUGCGGCUUUGGGCAAGAAGGGCAAGCAGCUCAAUGCUAUCCUUCCCACUCCCAAGGACAUCAAGGAUCUCAACCCCAACCUCUUUAGCGAGUGGACCCUUAUGUACACGCUCUUUGGUCAGGAAUUCGACUGGACCCCUCGAUCUCCUGGCAAGAACAUCUGGCCCGCCAGCCAAGAAGACCGAAAGUUCGGUACCGAGGCUUUCAAGCACACCCCCACUAUCAUUGAAAAAUUCGGCAUCAAGCCCAACCCUGUUCAGGUCACUGGCGGCUUUGAGGAUGUUACCAAUGGUCUUGAGCUUUUGAAGGUGCGUCAUUCAGUUCAGUUGGGGCAUAUCUUGCUGACUUCUCGCACAGAACAACAAGCUUUCCGGUACCAAGUCUGUCAUCAAGAUCGAUGCUUGAGGAUAUAGAGAGGGGAGAGCUGUGAUUCAGUCAGAAGUUUAGUAACAUGAAUAAAUGUCUCAUACAACUUUGUAGGGCGUACGGGCACUCCGCCAGCACUUCUGCUGUCAUCUCCCAAGUCCUUUCGUAAAUAUACUCCUUCACGCUCCCAUUGUGGGCAAUGGGCACAAGUCUCCUGAAUAGCACAAGUCUUUUGAAUCACACGGACACCUACCAGGGGCAUGGUCGACCAGGACACCAGGACGCGGCGGGAUCGAUGAUCGCUGGUGGGAGGUUUCGUCGAGAAGCUUCAUCCGAGAUAUUGACCUGGCGCCGCCACUGACAUACUCCAAGACCAUAUGUGUAGAUUCUGGUCGACGUUGUCAAGUUAUUUGAUGCAAAUUGAAGUGCGACAAGUUCAACUAUCACAAGACGGCGAAGAUGCCAUGAAAACAGCCGACGGG